CCUAGUUUCUCUCAGUCUGAGUCUGGCAGUUACAAGCUAAGACAUGUUUUCCCGUCUUCGCAAGCGUUUUGGGAGGGGGAACGUCGAUUCUGGAGAGACUAGAGUGAAGGAGUCUAGCCUUUCCUCUCAAAGUAAUGAUGGACAAAGACAGCACUUCUGGGGAAUGUUCAACGCUGGGAGAGAAACAUCUUCCCCUGAAACUGCCCUAAGCGAGAAGCAGGCCAAGAAGGAAAAGGAGAGGCUGAUUAAAGAGCUGCAGCUCAUUACCGAGGAGAGAAAUGACCUGAGAUAUCGCCUGAGGUUUCUGACAGAGAGAUCCAAGAACAACAGGCCAUACUUCAGGCCAAAUCCGUAUUACGAAGACCUGGAGAGAAUGGAGGAGGUGGUCAUGUCAAUUCUGCACAACUUAGAGAUGGAGAACACUGAGAUCCAUGAGAACAGCCAUAAGCUGAAGAAGGAGAUUACCUUCUCUAGGUAAGUCCUUGUCAGAAAGGCUAUCACCUGUGGAAUGGCCAUUUCUGAUUUCUUUGUUAUGGAUUGGAAGGUCUUCAGCUAUGAUUCUAUCUCUUGUGCUGUUUACACAUCAGUGUGCCAGGGUCAUUAGGACUUAGUUUUCAGUUCCAUAAAAGACUGUUACUCAUCCCAGGAUUGUCUAGGCAUCUUCAGAAGGCUCCAGAUAGAACAGUAGUGAUUGAAGUCAGCAGAAGGUUAUUAGGCUGACCUGGACCUAUGGUGUCAUACCAGGUUUUACAAAACUUAGUGCGUGGACCACAUGGUUAGCAUGACCUUCUCUUGGUUCUACUGACCUGCUUUGAGGGUGUUUGCCAACUACUAAUUGAUGUUGCCCCCAUGCAUUGGGCUUUCAUGGAUAGUUGUAGAUCCAUGUUCUUUUUGAGAGAUGCGGACACUAAUUGGUGCUCGGCCCAAACAAACAAUUUAUUCUUCCUGGAAUUAACUCUUUGUGGUUUGUGCAGCAGCCUUAUAUGUAUCGAGAUGUAUUUUAUUAACUCUUCAGGGGUACCUGGAACCUGGUAUGGUUAGUGGGACUUGGGAGUAGGAAUGGGAGAAAGGGACAGCAUGAUCUUACUAUGCAGACUGUAUUUCCAGAAACCUGCUCAGCCAGCUCCUGAUGGAGAACACAUGUAGGAAGAAGUUGGUCCCACAGAAGCAGGGGAGCAAGGAGGGACAUCUUGAUUGUGCACUGAACCAGAAAUAUUUGGUUGACUUCAACAAGAAAGAUAAAGACCAGCAACGUCCAGAUCCAGCAUCAUCAGGUAGGGACGAGCAGCUGAGUUAGCUUAACAAUAUCUGAUAAAAUUUGCCAAUUUGAUACAACUUUGCUUUCUCCUACCACCUUUCUAAUUUACACUCCCAACCAGCCAACCCCCUCAUGCAAUGGAAUUGUUCAUUGCUCUGCCUAUGCACAAGUAUUCUGGGAAUUCAACCACUUUUCAGAAGCUGAAUUAUUUUGCAAGUAUAUUUUGCUGCUCUUUUUGAAUCUGCAGUAUAGAAAUGGUGACAGAUGAAUAACAUACCUCAUUAUUGCAUAUCCAUGUGAUAGAUUGGAUCCUAUGCAGAGUUUUGAACAACUUCGUGGUCCUUUGACAAAUGACACUCUGUGGUCAUGUGACUUUUUGUGUAGGAAGCACCUUUCUGGGAUAAGAACCAAGUGCAAAUGUCAAAUUAGUACUUGUCAUUGGCUUUAACCUUGGUGACAUAUGGACAUUUCCUUUCUUCCUGCAACCCAAUGAGGUCCCUUCCAUUGCCCUGUUCUUGGUUUGCACUGGUAUAAGUCUGGGUCCCAUAUUGGCAGCCCACAUUACUGUGAGGGUUGCUGGAGAUUUUGCCCUGCCCACAGAGUUAGCAACAAUGAUAUCAGGUAAAAGGUCCAUGUUGACUGUCCAAUAGAACUGAGGUGGUAGAAGGCAGGAUUCUGACAGCUGGCUUGCGUUUUACCACCAAGUCAGUGUCUGAAAAACUGCCUUCCUCUCCCAGGUCUCAGAAAGUGCAAGAGAGCUGGAAUUGGACACACCCCAGUAAGAGAGCUUCCUGAAGAAUAAGUUGCUUUCUCAGGAGUCCCUGAUGACAAACAUCCUGAAUGGUAACAACAUUUUUUGGAUGAGUAUUCUUCCUCAGAGUUAAUUUGUCAUUUCUUAGAGACCCUAAAUUUAUAUAACACUAAGCCAGCCUGACUGAUUGAGGUCUUACUCACUUUCUUCUUCAGAAAACACCACUUGAGAGACAACUUGGGGGACCGCCUUUCAUUAUGUGUGCUAGAGGAGAAACAGCAAUACAUCUGUGCUUCUAAAUGUUCGUUAAGAAUAUGCUGUUUAGAAAUAUUUUUGUUAUGAUUUAAUUGAAGUUUUCUUUUUGUUGUUUCAUAUUUAUAUGUUCUUGUUACUGUUUUUCACUUUCCAAUAUUUUUAAAUAUUUUUAUUCAUUCAUUUUAA